CCAGGUCAACUUCGACUUGUGACUGACACCUUGGCUUCAACAACUUUCAGACACUCGUAUUAUAGACUGCAUUGCCCGAGGAUGCUAGCUUCGAUCAUUUCACCGACCAUCCGAGUUCCUUAGACCAGACUACAGUACAGCUAUACACACCUAAUUCCGCCGUCGAAUUCGCACCGACAGAGCCUCGACCGGCGCCUAAUAAUGUCAUCAACACCAGCUCCCGGGGAGCCCAACGACGCCGCCAAUGGCGAGCGCAACGGCAUCACGAACACAUACGCUACGACGCAUCCCGAGCUCGAUCUCGCGAAGCUUCAAGCCCUCCCCGCCGAGCAGCAGGAACUAUUCCUCCUGACGUCCGUCUCGGCAUUUAGCAGGCAUGUCCUGGCGCUCGAACCAGACGACUGCACCGCGCAGCAGUUUUACAUCAAAAAGGAGGCUUUCAAGGUUCUGAACCUUGCCUCCCCAUCGCCAACGAGAGUCAUACGAAACGCGCUGGGGCGGUGUCUUGCGCACGUGUUCGACAAGGGUGAUAGGAAGCUCCUGUUCGAAACCGUCAACGAGCUGGUCGGCAUCAUCUCGAGUGGGAAACUGAAGACGGAGGGCGAGAUCCGGACGAAACAUGCUGCCGUGGCUUGCUUGGGAGACAUAUACGGUUCGGCCGGUGACAGCGCCAUUGGAUUGCACCAGCUAGUAUGUUCAGCGCUCUUGAAGCUGUUGAAGGCAGCGUCGAGCCACGCAGGGCUUCGCGCAGCUGUCUUGACCGCCUUGGGAAAGAUUGUCACGAUGAUACAAGGAAGCAUGGACGAGAGUGUCGCAAGAGAUAUAUGGAAACAGGGAAGGAAUCAUGCCUCUGCAGACAAAGGGUCACUGGUCGUUGUGGCGGCUUGCCGAUGCCUGCGGUCGCUUGUGCAGUUCACCCCCUAUUUCAAGAACUCGACCGAUUUCGACAAGCUCAAAUCAACCUUAUUCAAGACUUUCGACAACCCAUCAUCAAACGCGCGAUCGGCAGCAGCGGACUGCUUUGCCCAAGCGUUGGUCGGGGGUUACUCCGAGUCAGCCAUUGGCGAGGCGCCGCUGCCCCUGAUUAAGAGAUCCAAAUCCAAGGCGAUCAAGAGACAGUCAACAAUGGGAGGGCUUCAAGAUGAUGAGGAGGUCCCCUCACGCCCUGAAAGCCCUGCUCCAACCCAGAGACCACAAGAUUUGGCUUUGUCGCUGGCCGACAUAUUCAAAACUCUGUCUACCCAAUACGUUCGCAUGUCUACUACAAAUAAGGCUAGGGCUGCCAUCGCUGUUUGUAUCGGAAACGUACUCCAGAAACUCGGGGAAAAGACUGUAGAAGUCAACUAUCUUCGCAUUCUCGAGAUCCUCACAGCUGAUUUCUUGGGCCAUAACAACAUCCUCAACAACCGGUACCGCUUACUCAUUUCGCGGCGCAUGGUUGAUACCAUUAUCCAGGACAUAAUAGGGAAAAGGAUCCUGGGCGAAUCGGGCCAAAUCACGGCUGCCAAAGCUAUUGUCAACGAUAUUCUUAAGAACUAUCCCCAGGCGCUCAAGGAGAGACCAGAGCCAUCCAAGCACACAUUGGUUGUCUCACUGAGUGCUCUGUCGUCAUUGAUCUCUAGUUUGGGCACAGCGGCGACUGACUUCUCAGAGGGAUGCCGCGAUGGCCUGCUGCAAGUACUCCAGCACCCUAGCUACACUGUUCAGGUAUACGCUGCGGCCUGUAUGAAGACGUUUGUGUUGGCCUGCCCGCAACAGCUUCUUCCCUGUCUGUCAGUCUGCAUGAACAGCUUGAGCAGAGAACUGAGCCUUCUUGGGACGGGAAGGAAUUCCCCUCGCAGGUGCAUUGGUUUCGCUCACGGCCUCGCUGCCGGGCUCAGCGCAAGCCCGCAACGCCCACUCUAUGGGUCUGUUGAGAUCAACAGUCGCGUUCUGACCAUGGCUACAAACUUGCUCAAGUCAAGCGGAACUUCGGAACUACGAGUUGCAAGCACCCAGAUCCAAGUCGCCUGGACCUUGAUAGGCGGACUGAUGUCUCUUGGGCCGAACUUCGUCAAGAUCCAUCUCUCGCAGCUGCUUCUCCUCUGGAAGAACGCGUUGCCCAAGGUUCUGGCAAAGGAUAGCAUGGCGGUCCAUAGGAAUUUGCUCAAUGCCUCUUUCCUCACACAUGUCAGGGAAUGUGCGCUUGGGUCUAUCCUAGCGUUUCUUCAGUUCAACAGUCGUCUCUUGACUGUGGAUGUGUGUAAGAGAAUCGCUACCAUGUUGCAGAGUACUACUGCAUUCCUCAAGACACUACCGGCAAAGAAAACAUCGGACGAUAUCAGCGAGAGGCUGACGCCUGCCUUGCAACUUCAGGAUUUGGAAGUUAUGGUACGACGCAGAGUCCUUCAGUGCUAUACCAAGCUUGUGAACGUUAGUCCUGCUGGCGCCACCGAAGCUCUUCUACAGUCCAAUCUUUUGACUCUUGCCAUUUCUCUCUUUGCCGAUCCGGAUAACUAUACACCCAGCUCCCUCAGCACUUCGAUUGCGAACGCAGCAGGUACCUUUGACUCCAUCUGGGAGGUGGGCGACAACUCAGGUUUUGGUGUGACCAGCCUUGUUAGGGGCUUCGCGACAAGAAGCCUCCCGGGACAGCAGACCAACGGGUUGGACAGCACCCAGCAAGAGUAUGAACCGGAAGAGUGCAUCGAGAGGCUGCUUCUUUCUCCGGUAUGCGGAACCCUGGAGAACGACGCUUGUCUUCUGUACAUCGGCAACUCAGAUAACCCGGGGCUCCCUGAUCCUGCUGCCACCGAGGUGGUCAACAUGGCUAUCCAGCUGUUUGCCUUUGUUUUCCCCUUAACCCCGUCUAAGGUGCAGGAGAGUGCCCUGGAGCAGAUUACGACCUUCAUAAGGGCUGGCUCUCUUCAGCGGGAAACUGGGCGCAAGGCUGCUGUUAACGUCAACGUGGCUACGGCCCUGUUGUCUACUCUUCGGGUGGCUUGUAAGGAGACCAAAUCGUCACCAGGCGACAUCACGAACAUGGCCGUUGAGAAACUUCUUCAAGAGCUGUUGAGAGAUUUCGUACUUGACCCUGAUCAGUACGUCCGUAGCAUCGCUUACGAGGCAAUUGCGAGACUCUGCAGCGCUUGUGGCAAUGCAUUCACCAACCAAGAGAUCAAAUUCCUUGUCGAUACUAUUGUUGUCAACAGAGAACCUAGCGCAAGAGCGGGCUGUGCUAUGGCUCUUGGAUGCAUCCAGACCAAGAUUGGUAGUAUGGCGGCUGGGUAUCAUUUGAAGACCAUUCUUAACAUUCUGAUGUCGCUGUGCAACGAUCCGCACCCAACUGUCCAUUACUGGGCUCUGGAGGCCAUAGCACGCGUAUCGGAUGCUGCUGGACUCGGCUUCUCCAGUUUCGUGUCUAGCACACUCGGAAUGUUGGCCAAGCUCUACGUCUCGGAUACGCAUAACCCUGAGUUGGCUUCUCCCAUUACCAUGAACUUGGAGGCUGACCUCUCCUCAUCGGCUGCAAUCGCUCGCUGCGUUGAUGCGCUCAUCAACGUCCUUGGUCCGGAUCUACAGGACUCUACCAAGUCCAGGGAGCUGAUUCUGACGCUUGUUGGGUACUUCCAACAAGAAGAGGAUCUCGAGAUCCAGCGGGCAAGUCUCGCCUGCAUGGAACAUUUGACAUUGUAUGCUCCGGGCUACAUGGACUUCAUCGACUACGUCAGGACACUUCAGCGGUAUAUCAAGUCCGAUCAUGCCGCCCUCCGAGAUGUGGCCGUGGACAGUCUCUACAACCUCAUGAAGAGGAACUCUUACGAUGUCAUCAAGGCUGCUGAGCAAGGUUUCGAAGAUCAUUUGUGGUUGGUUCUCGACGCCUCUCCGAGCCAUGACGGCAUGCGCAACCUUAUCAGAAACUGGCUCCGCCAGACCUGUCUUUCGGACACAGCCGCUUGGCUUGCGCGCUUCCAGCAUGUCCUGAAGAUGACCAGACCGAAGGCCUCCGCACAGGCAAUCACAAACACCGGGAGGUCUGGUGGAGGUAUUGACCUACAGGACGAAGAGGUAGCUGGUUUCGCCGCUGCUGGAGGAGGCGCCAAGGACGACAAAGACACGCCGAGCGGCUCAGACGUGGAGCCCCUGAAGUGGCAGGUCACCACCUUCGCCAUGGACUGCCUGAACGAUAUCUUUGUUUUUGUUGCAAAGCAUGUCGCGACUCAUGGCGAAUCUGCUGCGCAGGCGGCCCUUCAGAACAAGAUUGCUGAUGUUGUCCGCAUGGCAUUCUCGGCAUCCACAUCAGGAGUCCUGGACCAGAGAAUUUGGGGCUUGAAGAUUAUUGGGGCUGUCCUCAAGAUGUUUGGAAAGAUUCCAGACCCAGACUUCGAAGAGGCCAUGCUGCUUGAGCAGUACCAAGCGCAAAUCAGCUCUGCCCUUACCCCCGCUUUCGCCGCCGACUCGUCUCCUGAACUGGCCUCGGAAGCCGUCGAUGUUUGUGCAAGCUUCAUCGCGACGGGCAUUGUCACUGACGUGGACAGGAUGGGUAGGAUUCUGAAGACGCUAGUCAGCUCGUUGGAGAACUUUGCAAAGGAUGAGGAUAAUGCUGGUAUUGGUGAUCUGAAGGGACUCAGCUCAAACGCCCAGGUGAUGGUCAAGAUGUCCGUCUUCGCCGCCUGGGCCGAGCUGCAAGUUGCCAGCUCUGAGCAGAAGUACCUACUGGAUGUCCUCAAGCCCCAUAUCGGUACUUUAACUCCCCUAUGGCUCGAGUCUCUACGCGAAUUUGCUCGGUUGCGGUUCGAGCCGGAUAUUUCCAUGACGCUUGGCCCUCCAUCGCUUUCUGGAAGCUUGGACACUGUCUACGCAGCGCUGAACCGUGAGACGUUGCUCAAAUUCUACCAAGAGUCUUGGUUGAAGUUGGUAGACGCUAUUGCCAGCCUCAUUGAACAAGACAGCGAGUUCGUCUUCGAUGCUCUUGAUGGCAAGGAGCUAUCAGGACCCACUACCAACAACAGCUCAAAGGGAGCAGAUAUCAACUACCGCGAUGAGCCUGUUGCGUUCUUCUUUGUCUUGUUCGGUAUCGCGUUUGAAGCUCUCGCCACGAAACCAGGCCAGAGCGAGUCCCUCGCUACUCGGGAACAGACACUGGAGAUCCUCCGCGCCCUCAAGAAGAUCCUUCACCCAAGUGUAUCUGGACAUGCCAUCUACCGUGAUGCCAUCUUCUCUGAGACGAUGGAUCUCCUGGACCGUCUCGUGCUCACUGAAGGCCUUGAUGUGCAGGGCGUCAUCGUCGAGAUUGCGCGUGCCCUGUGUGUGGCGCAUCCGGCCGCCAGAAAGCAGGCCGACGACCCCGAAAACAGCGAGUUGUCUGACGACAUUGAGCAACUCUUUGAGCUCACCCGGAUCAUCGUCUUGGUCCUCUCCGGACUGUUGCCCAAUCUCAGCGAGGCUCAGCAGCCCGUCCGUCAUCAGAUGACGGAGGAAGCGAUCCUCCUCGUCCAGACAUCGCUCAACGCACUAGUCGAUGCCGCGGAGGUGUUCCCGUCCAUCAUCAAGACGGAUCUGCACGCCUGUAUCCUGCACAUCUUCGCGACCAUUCUUGCAACACCGACAUGCCAGGAGGUCAUUGUCCCUCAAAACUUGUCGACGCUCAAACGCUUUAUCAACGGCAUGACCGGCUCUAGGAGAGACGGCGGAGAUGAUGACGAGGGUAACUCGCCUACGGACGUCCAGCUGCUGGGAUGCUUGCGCCGCUUCCUGUCCAUCUAUCUAAACGCCCAGAAGCGCGAGGCUCCCACAUCGCUGACCUGUGUCAAGAACUGUCUCCUGGCCAUCACCAUCCUCUUUACCGGCGGCAAAAACCACUUGUCAGCCAGCGAGCCGCUAGUAGCCAAGUUCCUAGACGAGGUGGUAGACUGUCUGACAGACCGAAUGACCGCAAAAAUAGCCGCAAACUGCAUCCGCUCCCUCCUCCUCAACACCAACACCAACAACCAACCCACAUCAGCCGACCACACCCUCUCCCGCCACUUGCUCCCGCGCCUCAUCGCCUUCGUAACCAACACCUCGCCCGAAGACCCCGAACACGCCCGCUCGCUGAUCGCCCAAACCCUCGUGCAAUUCACCGCCGUGGUCGCCCGUGGUUCAUCCCAGCAGGGCACCCAGGGGGCAGAGGCAUCCAUCGCCAUGGCCCUCGUCGUGCCUACUUUGCUCUCGCGCGCGGCGACAGAGCCUGCGAAAGAUGAUGUGUACCGCGAGACGAGCGCAAGACUACUAGAGUUGGCGAGCGCCGAUCAGACUGCUUUUAGGGCGGUGGUGGGGGCGAUGAGUGAAGGGCAGAGGGGGUUCAUGGAGGAGGUUAUUAAGAGUGGACGGGCGGGGGGGAUGGGUGGUGGUAGUGGUGGUGCACAUGUAAGUGCGGGGAGGCGGAGGAGUGUGGAGGAGGAGGAGCAGGCGCCGACGAUUGCGUUGAAGAUGAACUUUGGUGGUUGAACAGGAUCCAUGGAGUUGUUGGGUUGGGCUUUUGGUGUGAAGAACAUAUAUAUACGUAUGAUAUAGAACGUUGUAAUAUACUUGCAUGAGACACUUACAUAAUAGAUAUGGUUGGAGAGGAAUU